AUGAAGUCUUCAAGCUCUUCUACACCAGCAGAUAGCUCAAAGAGUAUAAAUGUUGCAUCAAUACAUCUCAAUCUACAUAGUCUAAUGACUAGUAAUCUUCUAGCUGCUCACAAGGCUGAGGUACAGAAAUCUCAUGCAAAAGCACUAGCUGCUGCAAAUAUGUUUGAUCAGAUUGAAGAAGACUUAGAUGAUAUGAAGACAAAAAAUUUAUCAAAAGCACUGAUCAUUAAAGCUGUUAUGAAGAUGUUAAUCAAGAACUGA